GGAUCGGCAGCGAUCCGCCCCGCCUGUAGGCUGUAACUGUGCAACCUCUGAGCGAGCCGAGACCCGACACCCCGGACGGGCGGACGCGAACUCAAACCCUAGAAACGGCGGCCAUGGAUUCGGGAGGCGGAGGAGGGAGCGGCGCGCACAAGGCAGCCUCGGGCUCAGCGCCCUCGCCGGCGCCGCCGGCGCCCAACCCCACGGCGAUGCUCUCGGCGCUCAUGAGCAAGCGCGCCAAGCUCCAGGAGGAGCUCCGCUCCAUCGAGCGCCAGGGACAUUACAACAUCUGCAGUGUCACCGCAUGCAGUAAAGUUGACUUAAAGGUUUAUGAUAUGGAGACCACCUACCUGCAAGAGUCUAAUCAAUUUGGAAGUGUGCUGAAGGGUUUCGAAUCAUUCUUGUCAUCCUCAAAAAACUCUUCUAACCUCAAGCGCUCCCGGAAAUUUCAGGCCGACGAGAGGCUAUUCUCUCUGUCAUCAGUUACUUCUCCAGCGGUUGAUGAACAUUUGACUGGACGAGAUGAUGGAAGAGAAUAUGGACCAGGCCGUUCAAAGGGGGGAAGCACCCCUGCAAAUGGGCAAGGCAAACCAAAGAAGGGAGGACGCCCCGGUGGGCGAGAUGGCAAGAGACUACGGCCGUCCAACGAUCCAGACCUGGACGAUGAAGAUGACUACUAACUCCUCCCGUUGUAGGCCUACUGUAGCGGAUUAACUUCAUUUUAGCGUCUAGCAGCACAUGAUUCUUUAUGUAUUGUCUUCCUUCUCUUGCAGCCCUAGUUCGAUUGUUUUGCUUGCUUGUGUCUUUGCCUCCUCCCCGUCUUCUGUUUUGUAACAUAGAUUAGCAGAAAGUUAACCAUAUUGUGAAAAAUUCAUGCAAAACCAUGCUCUUAGAUAGUAACAUGUUCUGUA